GCGCAUGCGUAUUAGAUAGCGGGACGAAGUUUAAAAUGGCGGAAGCCGUCACAGAGCUGGAUUGUCCAGUGAAAAUUUCUUGUUGUAGUCGGAAUUCUGCGGUGAAAAUCAAAGACUGUAUACAAGUCAAGGUAGAUAAGAAGAUCAGUGAAUACGAUACACUUAUUGAAGAACAGAAAAGCACAACAAAGGCCCGAUUUAUUGAGAUCUUUGAUGCAGCCUUCAAGUUAAAUCUCGAGAUAGAUGGACAGAACUGGGCUGAUGCUGGGAAUGAUGAGGAUUGUACCUCAGAAUAUGAAUCACUGGACAUGUCAAAGAAGGCAUUCAUCACCAACACAUUAUCAACAAAACUAGAUGACGUCAUCGUUAAAGUAGCUCAAAACAGGAAAACAGUCGGGAAGAGAUUCAAAUGCAAGGCAAAGAAAGUGGUUGCAGCAGAAACAGAAUAUUUAAGUCAAGUUCACAUGGUGACUGAUGAUAAUGUGCCUUCCAGUGAUGACCCCUGUGUGUAUGAUACUGUAACAUGUGAUCGACUGUCUGAUGCAGGCCUCACCCUCUCAAACCUCACCAAGACCACAACAACAUUAGUGCAGCGAUUCAACAAUUUAGAAAAAGCUGUAGAAAUCAGUGAAACCAGUAAAACUUGUAAGACCGAUCAGAUUAUAUUCAACCCCACACCGGACGAGGGAAAAAUGGCUGAAAGCAUUACACCUUUAAAAAGAAAACUGAGAGGCAAUGACCAUAUGUCACCUGCUAAGAGACGCAACUCUGCUAGAUUAGCAAAUGAUUCUUCACCACUUCAGAGUUUAAAAGGCACACCAACUAGAAAUGUGACUGUGAAUGCUAAGAAAAGGUGUUCUCCACGUUUAGCAGCCAAGAGUACAGAUAAUAGAACUCGCUUAAAGUCUUAAAAAAUUCACCGUAAUUAUUCCCAGAUUUGAAGAUUGUCAUCUUUUGUAGAAACAGUUUUUGGUCACAAUUAUGAAUGAAGUUUUAUAUGUAAAUGUCAAAUUUAUCUUAUAUCUUAUAAAAGAGAAAAUCAAUUUGAAAGAAAAAAUUGAUGUCAUAUGCCAUGUUGUCAACAUUUAUUCUCUUAGAUGCAUUUAUUAUCAAAUUUAAAAGAAACUGUCGACACUUGAGCUUGUGUAAAGACAACUUGUGAUAUGUUUACAGAUUAUUAGAUCUUUGUAAUUUUUAACCCACCAUCUGGUGGUGAGGGAAGGAUGAGUUGUUCAUUUGUUUCUUUCAUCCUUCUAUCCUUUCAUCUUUGUCACUGUCAUGAGUUUUUCUCCAGAAAUACAGAAUGUUUAUUUUAUGGUCCCUAGUAUUUAAUUAGUUGUGUCUGUUGAAUUAGGAGACUUUUGGAAAACAAAGUGGCUGACAGAGCUAUCUUGGAUUUUGAAAAUAGAAGUUUGUCAUCACUAUCUGUAUAAUGUUAAAUAUUGAUUCCCCUUGUUCGUGUUCAAUUUUGUGACUGAAAACUAAAUGGAACCUUGCAGGCUCUUCUCCUGAACUGAUAAUUUACAUUAAAAUAGAAGUUUCACUAACAUGGUGUGUAUAUUUUCUGGAUAGUCCAGCCUACAAAAUUCAGACAUACCGUAACCAACGAUAAGAUAGCAGCUGUACACACUUUUUGGCGACUUGUUUUCAAUAUUGACUUUUAAUGUCCUGGGAAUAAUAAGGAUAGAUAAGCUAGCCUACUUACCCUUGUUAAGUUCACUUUCUAUGAUCUGGGGGUAACAAGAACAGUUAAGUUACUUACUCUGGUUAAGUCCACUUUCAACGAUCUGGGGGUAACAAGUAUAAUAAAAUUACUUACCCUGGUUAAGUCCAUUUUCAAUGUCCCGGGGGUAGCAAGGGUAGUAAAGCUACUUACUCUGGUUAAGUCCAUUUUCAAUGUCCCAGGGAUAACAAGGAAAUGACUGAAAUCUUUAAACCACUUCUAUACAUAUUUGGAAGGAGCUAGAUUUACCUUCAGGUUUGUAUCUGCGAACAGGUAUUUUAAUGUCCAUAUGUGUAUAGGUGCCAGUAAAAUGUGAUGGAACCUUUCAACAACAUACUAGGGUACAGACUAUACAAUUUAUUUCAGUUCAGCAAUUUCACUCAAUGUCUAAUAUUUUCUCAUGUUAGUUUUGUAUUUUGUUGAAGUUGAUCUAUUUCUACUGACUUGAAAAUAAUUGGAAUAUGUAUCAGUAAAUGAUAAUUGUGUAGAUUGAUGGGAAGUUGUUAGGAAUACAUGUACAGUAUAUACUAUUAAUUUAGAAGAAAUAACCGUUCAUGUAUCAUAAAGAAGUAAGAUUAUGAAUACGUUAAUUUCCAUCUUGCUUCUGCUUCAGUUGGUCAUAUAGUGAGUGUAAACGAACAUUUGAAUGCAUGAUUGUAUUAAUUAGUAUUUCUUGUUAGUUUGUGUCAAAUGCCAAUCAAGGAAACCAUGACUUUUCGGACAUAUUACUGUAUGUUAAGGUCAGUCUUGUUGCUGUUGGCUAUCUGGUAAUAAUGAAACUGUCCAGCAUACAUAUGCCUCAGUGUUGAGACAGUAUUUUUAGUUGAUUUGCAAGCUUAGUCUGCCAAGUUUGCUUUGAUUUUCGUUGUUUUAACACUGAAAAAAUAUUGAAUGUUCUUAUGUAUAGGUAUAAUGCCUAUCUUAUAUUGAUGGUGAAGAUGGAGGAGGAAAGACAUGCCAUUGUGAAUUUAACAAUUUAUAUUUUAUGACAUUACAAAAGUAAAAAGAAAUUAUUGUAUCUUA